AUGUCAACGUCUUUCAAGCUCAAGGUGCCAGCGUCGAGUGCCAAUAUUGGACCUGGAUUCGAUGUGUUGGGUAUUGGUUUGAAUCUUUAUUUGGAAAUCGAGGUGAAGGUUGACCCAUCUGUGGAUACUAGUGCAGAUAAAUACAACGCCAAACUUAGUUACGAUGGAGAGGGAGCCGCUGGUGUUCCUUUGCAAAGUGAAAAGAACUUGGUGACACAAACUGCUAUGUACAUUUUAAGAUGUAAUGGAAUCGACAAGUUUCCUAACGGAACUCAAAUUUAUGUCAACAACCCAAUUCCUUUGGGAAGAGGAUUGGGAUCUUCAGGUGCAGCCAUUGUGGGAGGUAUAAUGUUGGGUAACGAGAUCGGAGGAUUCAAGUUGUCGAAGGAGCGUAUGCUUGACUAUGCUUUGCUAAUAGAAAGACACCCAGAUAACAUUGCUGCCGCUAUGUUGGGAGGAUUUGUGGGCUCCUACUUAAAUGAGUUGUCUGCCGAGGAGACUGAUGCUAAGAGUGUUCCUCUCGAGCAUAUUUUGCCCGAUGAGUUGACUCCUGUUGAAAAUCACGAGACCAGAGCUCCACCUUUUGAAAUUGCACAAUAUGUGCAAUACAACUGGAACAAACAAAUUCGCUGUGUCACUGUCAUUCCUAAAUUUGAGGUCAAGACAGACGACGCUAGGGCAGUCCUUCCUGAGCUGUACAACAAGGAGGACAUUGUGUUCAACUUGCAGAGAUUGGCUGUUUUGACCACCGCUUUAACUCUCGAGAAACCAAACCAUAAGAUGAUUUACGAGUCGAUGAGAGACAAGAUCCACCAACCAUACCGUGCGCUGCUCAUUCCAGGUUUGACCCGUGUGUUAGAAGAAGUCACUCCUACUAGUGACCCAGGCUUGUGUGGAAUCUGUUUGUCUGGAGCUGGUCCUACCAUCUUGUGUUUGGCUACUGAGAAUUUUGAGCAGAUUGCAGACAGUGUUAUUGGCAUCUUCAAGGAGAAUGGUGUGGAGUGCUCGUGGAAGCUCUUAGAUUUGGCUUACGAGGGUGCCACGGUUGAAUAG